AUGGCUGUCGGAAGUCACGUUAUCUCCAAAUAUUCGAAUCUCGAUCUAAAAGGACACACUCUCGUGGAAUAUGUAUGGCUGGAAGACAACGGUGAAACAUUUGAUUCUUUCACGAAAUCAACAAGAGACCCACCUCAACUGUAUAAAGCCCUAACUAUGCCCUUGGAUUCUUUUGGCCAAAAGGAACUGAAACCAGCAACUACGUUUCGUGAUCCUUUUCGAGGCGACUAUAAUAAGAUUGUACUAUGCAACAAACCAUUGAUGUCCAGUCAGCUGGACAAAUGCGAAACAGCCAUGACACGCAUCGACUGUCAUGUUUCUUCGUACCUAAUUAAGGAAUGUUACGAGUUGUCUGGACGUGUUGGUAAAGCCGGAAUGACACCCAAGGAUCUCCAAUGCCCUGGUAGAAGUGGUUGUGACGUUUUGCAAGCGAGUUUGUUGAAGCACAUCAUCGGGCCUGCUUAUACGCUGGUAUCAACGUGA